UCCAGCCGAGUGCUGGGCACUGGGCUACGUGUGUCCCUGGAUUAUCUAAGUCCCCGGAGUAACUCCAUGAGGCAGUUACUCUGACUGUUCCCUUUAUACAGAUGAGUGAAGCGAGGUGCAGAAGGCCCCCUUAUUUUACAACUGAGAAAACUAAGAUCUGAGAAGCAGCUACGGAGUUCGUGGGCAACAAGUCAGGACCAGAAGCCAAGAGGACUUUGUCUGCGACCUCCAGGGAGGGAGGAGCCAAUGGCUGGGCCUGCCACCCACACCGCCCCCAUGCUGUUCCUCGUCCUCCUGCUGCCCUUGGAGCUGAGCCUGGCAGGCGCCCUUGCACCUGGCACCCCUGCUCGGAACCUCCCUGAGAAUCACAUCGACCUCCCAGGCCCAGCGCUGUGGACGCCUCAGGCCAGCCACCACCGCCGGCGGGGCCUGGGCAAGAAGGAGUGGGGCCCAGGCCUGCCCAGCCAGGCCCAGGAUGGGGCUGUGGUCACUGCCACCAGGCAGGCCUCCAGGCUGCCAGAGGCGGAAGGGCCGCUGCCUGAGCAGAGUCCUGCAGGCCUGCUGCAGGACAAGGACCUGCUCCUGGGGUUGGCAGUGCCCUACCCCGAGAAGGAGAACCGACCUCCAGGUUGGGAGAGGGCCAGGAAACGCAGCAGGGAGCACAGGAGACGCAGGGACAGGCUGAGGCUGCACCGAGGCCGAGCCUUGGUCCGAGGUCCCAGCUCCCUGAUGAAGAAGGCGGAGCUCUCCGAAGCCCAGGCGCUGGACGCAGCCAUGGAGGAGUCCUCCACCAGCCUGGCCCCCACCAUGUUCUUCCUCACCACCUUUGAGGCAGCACCUGCCACAGAAGAGUCCCUGAUCCUGCCUGUCACCUCCCUGCAGCCCCAGGCACAGCCCAGGCCUGAUGGGGAGGUGAUGCCCACGCUGGACAUGGCCUUGUUCGACUGGACCGAUUAUGAAGACUUAAAACCUGAUGGUUGGCCCUCUGCAAAGAAGAAAGAGAAACACCGGGGUAAACUCUCCAGUGAUGGUAACGAAACAUCACCAAUCGAAGGGGAACCAUGCGACCAUCACCAAGACUGCCUGCCAGGGACUUGCUGUGACCUGCGGGAGCAUCUCUGCACACCCCACAACCGAGGCCUCAACAACAAAUGCUUCGAUGACUGCAUGUGUGUGGAAGGGCUGCGCUGCUAUGCCAAAUUCCACCGGAACCGCAGGGUUACACGGAGGAAAGGGCGCUGCGUGGAGCCCGAGACGGCCAACGGCGACCAGGGAUCCUUCAUCAACGUCUAGCGGCCCCGCGGGACUGGGGACUGAGCCCGGGAGGUUUGCACAAGCCGGGCGAUUUGUUUAUAACUAGCAGUGGGAGAUCAAGUGGGGGAACAGAUGACUGAGGCUGCAGGCUCAGGCCCAGUACACUCGACCCCAGGAGGGGAGCCGCUCGACGAAUGAGCUGGGUGGGUGCCCAGGAGCCGGUCCGCAGCACCUGCACACCCACAGUCCGGUCCCACGCAGCCUCCAUCCCGCGUGUCUUGCUCUCAGCGAUGGCAAUGCCGAGAGUGCCCUCUGCUGUUCAACUCCAGCACUGCAACAGCUUCAAGUUCAAAACCAAGUGGCGUUUUUGAGAGUGGAAAAGAAAUUUAAACUUCCCGAAAGAAAGUCCACCGGCAGGAGAUGAAUAUGGAUACCAGGCACUGUGCUAAGUGCUGGAAUACAUUAUCUCACUGAAUUAUCAAAACGACCUUUUCAAGUAGGCAUUAUCACCAUGCGACAGGCUGAGGACCCUGAGGCACGCUGGAGUUAUUUAACCUGACUUGCCCAGGGUCAAUGCUCCUCAAACCUGAACAUGCUAAGAGUCACCUGGAGGUCCAGUUAAAAAUGUACAUCUGGCUGAGCGCGGCGGCUCACGCUUGUAAUCCCAGCACUUUGGGAGGCCAAGGCAGGUGGAUCACCUGAGGUCGGGAGUUCGAGACCAGCCAGGCCAACAUGGGGAAACUCUGUCUCUAUUAAAAAUACAAAAGUUAGGCCAGGCGUGGUGGCACAGGCGUAUAAUCCCAGCUACUCGGAGGCUGAGGCACCAGAAUCACUUGAACUUAGGUGGCAGAGGUUACCGUGAGCAGAGAUCGUGCCACUGCACUCCAGCCUGGGGGACAAGAGUGAAACUCCAUCUCAAAAAAAAAAAAAGCACAUCCGGCUCACUGGGCUCUGUGCUCUAACAAGCUCCCACGGAAUGCGAUGCUGCCGGCCCAGGGACCCCACUGAGAGGUCCUGGGAAGUACAUGGCAGAGCAAGGACCUGAACCUGGGCCAAGGCUGUCCAGCUCCAAGGCCCACGUUCUUGCGACCCCACAACCAAGAAUUUCUUCCAGAUACUCCAAGGCUUUUGGCAAGAGAGGUUCACACCCUGGUAGUCCCUUUCUCUGCGGCUGAAAUAGUUUGACUGUUCUCUGCCUUCCCUGGACAAAGCUGUAUCAUGUUUAAAAACAAAACAAAAUACAACUUAAGCACAUACUUGCUUGCAGGAAUGAGUUGGGCAGGUUGAUCCCUGUGGUCUGGUAGCUGAUAUCCUGGAAUAUGAAGUGUUUGGGGAAAAGAAUCAUGUUGGCCUUUAUGUCCCUAUGGUCCUGCUCAUCCAGUCCUGGCCCUUAGGCACUUUACAGCUUUCUGGAGAGCUUCCACCCCAGGGGUUCUGAUGCGAGCAUGGACUCAAAAAAACCCCACACAUAUUGCCCACAUUUACCCACUUUGCAUACUGUUUAGUGAUUUCCAGGACCACAAAACCAUCCCUGGACCCCACCCCACAUUUUUGCAGCAGAGCCCGCUGGGAAGUUGAGGCUCGUCUGAAAUUGAGGUGCUAUCUGAAGCUAACUGCCCCCAACAGGCCAGAUUCUCAAUGCCCACCCAGAACAUCUGUCCCAGUAGAUCUGGCUUCAGGGGUCACUUCAGGAAAACCAUUUUGGCAUCUCACUCCUGGCCAACCCUCUGUUCCAGGGCGAACCAGGUUGCAAAUGACAAAAGACUUUCCUGGCCAAAUUCCUCACUGGCCUGGAUCACGCCCAUAAGAUGCCAGAGAUGUUUACUGCGCUGGGAAAAUCAGUGGGGGUCAGGGGUCAGGCACCAAGGCAAGCAGGCAGAUCUAGAAGAAACUAAAUAUGCUUGUUCUCUCCCUAUCCAAGUUUGGUGGGCAUGGAAACCUUGUGGGGAGGGAGCAGAGAGGGCAGGGGAACUGGGAGAUCAAAGCAGGCUAGCUGAAAGGCAGAUAUGGCUGGGCACAAUGGCUCAUGCCUGUAAUCCCAGCACUUUGGGAGGCUGAGGUGGGCGGA